UCGAUGGCCCCGAUAUGUAUACAUAACUAUAAUUGAAACAAUUUUAACUUAAAUAAAACAAAAUAUUCAUUAGCGUAAUCUACCCUCUCCAAUGGAGACUGAUAGUGAGUUUUUAAACUUAAGCGGUCAAUCGUGUCGCAGCUGUUUGGAAAAUCACGAGGACACAAACUCCCUCGAUGAUGAAGUGGAAUAUGGAGACGAAAAAUACCAUUUAAGGACUUUGUAUACGCAACUCUUGCGCGCUAGUAACAUACAAUUGCUGGCUCCAAAUCAAGGCCCAGAAGAUUUGUUACCAGCCAGCAUGUGUGGCAAUUGUACGCAUAAGCUUUUUAGUGCUUAUGAUUUCAUAUGCACCGCAGAACGUUCCGAACUGAUGCUAAAGCAAUAUCAGGAAUCGCAAGAUAGCAGAGAUAAAGGGCUAAAAUUAUUUGUUAAAGCCGAGGUUGAGUACCCGGACGAGGAUAACCAAAAUGUCGAAGGUUUUGACACAGAGUACCUUUUAGAGGAGUGCAUUGAGGAAAAAGAAUUUAUAGGUGUAUCCGAAGAUUUAACGGAUUAUGAACUCGUGGAAGCUAGUGAAGACAAUACUUGUGGAGAAAAUGUCAAUGUGCGUAAUAAUGUUGUGUGCGUAAAUCUGCAAAAGAGCGAAAACGAAGUCGAACAGAUAAAAGAAAAGAGUUCGGAAGAAAACUUCGAAUUCGUUGAUAUUGUUAAAAAGAAGCCAAAUCGGUACGCAAUCGGAUCACGGCUGGGAACAUUUGUAACAGAAAACUGGUCAAAGUGCCCCCAUUGUCAACGUGUAUUUGCUAGAAAUAUAACUUUAGAAAAGCAUAUAAAAGCCGCGCAUAUAAAUGUGCCACCCGAACAUAUUGCCGCGGUGGCGCCUAAGCCGACUGAAGAUAAACCAAUACAAUGCGAUCAUUGUCCACGGACUUUCGCGCGCCAAUUCGCUUUAAAACGGCACAUACGAGCGAUGCAUCCGGAUGUUGUAUUGGAAGACGAUGAACGUGAUGGCGGUGCAGAAAAUACCAAAACGAAAAAGCCUUACAAACGUGGAAUUUGUCCACAUUGUGGACGAAGCUUCGCCCAAGCCAGCCUAAUAAUACAUAUACGUCGCCAUACAGGAGAAAAGCCGUAUAAAUGUGAUGAAUGUCAAAAGGGAUUUCCACGUAGGCAAGAUUUAGUUGUUCAUAAUAGACAGCAUACAGGUGAAAGACCCCACCUUUGUACAAUUUGUGGCAAAUCAUUUAUACGCCCAAAUAAAUUAUCCCGGCAUAUGCGCAUUCAUACUGGACUUCGACCUUAUAAAUGUUCCGAAUGCGAUAAAUCGUUCACUCAGUCUAAUGAUUUGCGCAUCCACAUGCGCCGACAUACCGGCGAAAAGCCUUACAAAUGUAAUGUGUGUUCCGAGGCCUUCAUAAGUGGUACCGCACUGAAAACGCAUCGGGUGACAAAUAAUCAUGCUGCUCCGGCUGAUGCCCAAAAUGAUCCGUAUGCUAAGUGCAGAUUGAAUAAUGCAUUUUAACUCGAUUCUAAGGAGAGUGGAAACAAAGUUCACAGUUCUUUCACAUACACCGAUUAAUGUGUAUGGAUACGCAAAUGAUGUUCGUUGGCAAACAUCGUUACUUUCAUAUAGAAAGUUCCUAAUGAGCAUUGCAACGCACAUUAGUAUUAAGAGAGUAAUGGGUCGAUUAUACAAUGCAACCGGAAGUCAGUUGCGGUGCCAGUGGCUUAAAUUGUGUUACAGAUUAUACUUGCAACUCGAAGCUUGACAAAACCGCGUUUAUGUGCAUGCCGAGCAAAUUUUUAUUGAGAAAGUUUAUUUUUAAACUGUUUCUGCAACUUAACGCCAUAGACGGUACAUCUGACUCGCGAGUCAUCUCUGUACGAGUUGACUCGCCUUUCGACCACACAAAGUCGCGUCAAUUAGAGUCGUGUUUGUGUAACUAUUAAGCGGCAUACACGGUGCGUCUAACUCGCGAGUCAUUUGUGUACGUGUCGACUAGCCUUCGACUACAUACGGUUGGUGUAACUGACACAUAUUUAUUUUCACGAAGACAUCCAAACCGACUCACGAGUCAGACGUACUGUGUAUGCCGCCUCUAAAACAUAUUUAUUUUCAGUAGCAUAUUUAAACCGACUCGCGAUGCAGACGCAUCGUGUUUGCCGCAUAUAACUACAUAAUAGGCGGCAUACACCGUGCGUCUGACUCGUGAGUCGGUUUGGAUAUGUUUGUGAAAAUAACUGUGUGUUAGUUACACCGACAUGACGCCUGGCAUGACUGAAUGAUUCAACUUUGUGUAGUCGAAGAUGAGUCAACACGUAUACAAAUAACUCGCGAGUCAGACGCACUGUGUAUGUCGCCUAUAACACAUAUUUGUUGUGUUCCAGCAGCAGUAAGAUUUGCAGGUUUCGCAGGAUUUUACAGGAAAAGCUGUUUCGCCAUUAAUGUGCCUUAUGUAAGGCGUCGUAGGGGAACAGGUUCCUGUAAAAUCCUGGAAAUUCCUGCAAAUCGUACUGCUGCUAUUUAUUUUCAUUAGCACAUUCAAACCGACUCGCGCGAGUCACGUACCGUGUAUGCCGAUUAUUACAUUCAAGUCUUGAUUGCUGGUAUUUUAAAACUAUUAAUAUACAUUUUCAUUUCAAUUUCUAACUGAGGUUGCCUUGAUGUACAUACAUAAUCGACCCAUAAUUUAAUUAAUCAUGCGUAUUUUUUUAUGGUUCUAUCCACAUUUGAAGACAUAAUGCAAUUUAUGCAUUUUACAUACUAAAUAUAUCUUAAAAUUAAAUCUGGCCCUUUUUUGUAGGUAUUUACAAGUCUUGAACUAUUUGGAUAUAUUUUACAAUGUUUUAAAGGAUAUUUGUCAUCUAUUUACCAAUAUGCUGGUUCUACGAUGUUGACUCGCCAUCGACAGUUGAAUCAUUCAGAGUCAUGCAGGAGUCAUGUCGGUGUAACUAACACAUAUUUAUUUUCACAAGCACAUCCAAACUGACUCGCGAUUCAGACGCACCGUGCAUGGAGCCUAUUAAGCGUACCAACUAUUGACAAGUUUUAACAAUUUAUCUUUUGUUAUUUAAUAUUGUUAU